AUGGGGCAAUGCUUCUCCUCGCGCUUCACCUCACUGCCCCUCCCCUGUGCCCAACAUCCCAAUCUCCCUGACGUAAUGUGCCACGGCUACUGCCUCACGGACGGCAUUGGUGGCGUGUCCCCCGAGGCCACCAGGGCGCUCGCCUAUGCCAUCACGCCCUACCUUGACCGCCCGCUAUCGCCCGCCCCUCACGGCAUUCACGUGCCCAUGGGAGGGGGCGCGGGGGCGUGGCUGCGGGCGACGUCAGCGUUUCAGAUCCGUUAUGCGGGGGUGAAGGGCAUGGUUGCCGCAUGGCCGUGGGGGGUCAUGGAGCGUGUGGAGGCUCAGGGGGCUGCUGGUGCUGCUGGCGAGCAGGCCAGCCAUGAGUGCAUGACAGGCGGCGAGGCAGGGCGUGGAGCAGCAGCAGGGGGGGUGCACAUGUGGGUGCAGGAGAGAAUGGACAAGUUUGAGGCACAGCACGCUGACGUGGAUGUGGUGAACUGGCCGCGCCCACAGCCGUGCUUCCUCAACCGACGAAUUGUGACACUGCUCUCCACGCUCAACGUCCCCGACCAUGUCUUCCUCCACAUGGACACGCGCUGUGCCUCCAAUGCUCCUCUGCUCGCUUCCUUUAACCCUCUCUGGGAGCAGGACGACAUGCUGGAGAGUCUAGAGGGACCGUUGAGCAGUAGGAGACUUGUGAGGCGCCUCAAAUCCUGCCGCCGCCCCAUCUCUCCUCCCCCCACCUCCCCUCUCCCCACCUCCCUUCCCCCCUCCUCUCCUCCCCUUCCCGUCCCCAUUCCCUCCUAUCCUCUUUGGCUACAUGACACGAUGGUGGAGUGCCUAGAGGCAGCGGUGGGCAGUGGGGCGGCGGCAAUGCAGCUGCUGGAGGAGAGCGGCACGGACCACCUACACGGCGGCACCAUCACUAUGCUUUGCGCUGCCUUCCACCUCGUGCAGGAACCCCACCUCAAAUGCAUCAUUCAAGCCGUGCGGGCGGUGCAGCUGCAAGGGCUCAUCUCCCGCGCACACAACUUCGUGAAGGACGGUCACUGGCUCAUGGUCGUUGUGGAUGAGAAAGGGCUGCUGCAGCAUGCCAUCUACAUCACCUACGGGCAGAGCUUCAUCGAGGUGUGCGAUGCAACCGCACCUGCGCCCAGCGCCACCGCCACCUUGAGGCUGCUCAGCAUAGGCCACAGCAAGGGGACGCCACGGGUGGUCAACGGACCAGUGGUGUUUGGCAAGAACCCUUGCCUGCAAUCGGGGGACUUGCGGUUGCUCACAGCCGUUGAUCUGCUGUUUUGCAUCAUCUCAUCGGCUCGCGCCCACAUGCCAAGGAGGCAUGAGGCAUUCUUGGUGGACCACAUGCUGAACGACAGCGUGGGCAUCAUCUGCAGUACCUACGUCAUGCACGCCCACAGCAGCCACAGGGGCGCCUUGGACCCUGCGAGCCUUAUUCUUGCCUGCCAGGCCACGCUGGCGUUUGACUUUCCCAAGACAAGCAUGGCAGGCGUGAUGCCACGCGAGGUGUGUGUGCAUGAGUACCCCGACUUCAUGGAGAAGGACAAGCAGCAGUAG